AUGGACCGCACAACACGCCCCCUUUUAGACUUGACAAUUGACAACAUUACCGAAAAUGUCAAUGCCGUCAAUUCAACGUGUGAUGACGCACGCUUUCGUUUCCUGAUGGAAAGGCUGGUCACGCACUUGCACGACUUUGCUCGCGAGACACGCCUCAGCACGAAUGAAUGGCAAGCGGCUAUCCAGUUCCUGACACAGGUUGGGCAGAUAUGCACCGAUGUGCGCCAGGAAUUCAUCCUUCUUUCUGACGUUCUCGGCCUGUCUCUCUUGGUCGACUCCAUUGACCACCCAAAACCCCCAGCUUCGACUGAGGGAACCGUUUUAGGCCCUUUUCACACCCAUGAAGCACCAAAGAUUGAGAAUGGGACACUAAUUUCUCAGGACCCCGACGGUGAGCCAAUGCUCGUCGUCUGUUCCGUCAAGGACACGCAGGGGAGGCCAAUCCCCGGUGUGCUGGUUGAUGUCUGGGAGACGGAUUCAAAAGGGUUCUAUGAUGUCCAGCAUGCAGACCGGACAGGACCGGAUGGUCGCGCUAUAGUGCAGAGCGAUGAUGACGGCAUGUUUUACUUCUCAGCCAUCACACCAGUCCCCUAUCCGAUCCCAGACGAUGGACCUGUUGGGCGCCUCCUGGCUAAGCUGAACCGCCAUCAAUAUCGCCCAAGUCAUUUCCACUUCAUGUUCAAAAAGCCUGGCUACGAUCCUCUUAUAACCGCCUUGUACAUUCGCGACUCGCCGUACGAGAGGUCGGAUGCUGUAUUUGGAGUCAAAGAAUCUCUCCUUGUGCGUUUAAAGUCUGUCUCCGACGUCCAAGGCUAUGCAGACAAGUAUGGUGUCUCACCCUCGACCCGGCUUAUGCAAUACGAUUUUGUUCUGGUGACGGAGGACGAAUCCAACCAAAUCCGUACUGAGAAGGCACUCGAGGCCAUUCAAAAGCAAGGGGUCACAGGAAUGAAGGUAAUUGAUGGUCUUCCGGUGCCGGAUGUUGACUAG